UAAAAUCGCCAGUUUAUUCAACAACAAUCCUUAAAAAUCAUUUUCCAUUUUUCCUUUUCCUCUCGAAGCUCUUUUUUACCUUCCAAUGGCUCGUACCAAGCAGACAGCAAGGAAAUCCACCGGAGGAAAGGCUCCAAGGAAGCAGUUGGCCACCAAGGCGGCAAGGAAGUCAGCUCCGGCCACCGGCGGAGUGAAGAAGCCACACAGAUUCAGGCCUGGAACAGUCGCACUGAGAGAGAUCAGGAAGUAUCAGAAGAGCACCGAACUUUUGAUCAGGAAGCUUCCAUUCCAGAGACUUGUGAGGGAAAUCGCUCAAGAUUUCAAGACCGAUCUUCGUUUCCAAAGCUCCGCCGUGGCUGCUCUCCAGGAGGCUUCCGAAGCUUACCUUGUUGGGCUCUUUGAAGACACAAAUCUGUGUGCGAUUCAUGCUAAAAGAGUCACCAUCAUGCCUAAGGAUAUGCAGCUCGCUCGUAGGAUUCGUGGUGAGAGGGCUUAGACUUUUAUUUCUAAUGUUAGAAUGUAGAUCUCGACUAGUUUGCUGUUGAUGUAUGUGUUUUGUUUCUAUCUGGUUAUACCCAAUGAAAAAUCGAACUUGGUUAUGAUAAA